CAUUGCUCAGUAGACGUGUAAGCAUUCAGUCCCUGGAUUCCUGGAAGAGGUCGAUUGAGGUGAUUGGAGACUUUACUUCGUAGGCUGCUUUAUAACACGCCACCGGAAACCCCAUUGAUCGAAUACCGGAGCACCGGAGGCCGACGGAAAAGGGGAGAACAUGGCGGCAGAAUCAAAGAGUAUACAAGUGAGUGGCAUGCAAUUCGGGUACGAUUUCCAAACGCCCUUGUUCUUCGACUUCAGCCUCAAGGCUUCUCCCGGAUCUCGAUGUCUGCUCGUCGGCGCCAAUGGAUCCGGGAAGACGACUCUGCUCAGAAUUUUGGCGGGGAAGCAUAUGGUGGGUGGGAAAGAUGUUGUGCGGGUGCUAAAUUUUUCAGCUUUCCAUGACACACACCUUGUCUGCAGUGGUGACCUAGCUUAUCUUGGAGAAUCUUGGAGCAAAAAUGCUGGCUCUGCUGGGGAAAUCCCACUCCAGGGAGACUUCUCAGCUGAGCAUAUGAUAUUUGGAGUUGAUGGAGUUGAUCCUAUUAGGCGAGAGAAGCUGAUUGAACUGCUAGAUAUUGAUCUCCAAUGGCGGAUGCACAAGGUCUCUGAUGGUCAGCGGCGUAGAGUGCAGAUCUGUAUGGGCCUUCUUCAUCCCUACAAGGUUCUUUUGCUAGAUGAGGUUACAGUUGACCUAGAUGUUGUUGCAAGGAUGGAUUUACUUGAUUUUUUUAAGGAAGAAUGCGAGCAGAGAGGUGCUACGGUAGUGUAUGCAACGCAUAUAUUUGAUGGAUUAGAGACAUGGGCGACAGAUCUAGUCUACGUUCAAGAUGGUGUUUUGAAGAGGUCUGAGAAGUUAUCAGAACUUGCCGAGCUGAAGACUAAACCCAAUUUGCUCUCGGUGGUGGAGACCUGGCUUCGGUCUGAGACCCCGAUUGAGAAAAAGAAAGCCAGCAAUAAUCCAAGUGCAGUUAAGACAUCUUCCCCGUUUGAUGCUUCUCCCUUUCGCUCGACUAGACACAUGGCGUAUUAUCGCUGACUACCAGUUCAGGGUCUAUCACACAACAAUAAAGAGCAGUCCAGGCCUGGUUUGUAAGGAGUCAUUGCUUGUGACAUUUUUUUUUUAUUCAUUUGAGGAAAUUGUUUACUAUCUCCAUACACCAUAUUGUCCUGUAUGUAUAACAAAUAUAAACAUCUCUGGCCUGUAAGCCUGUAAUUUGUCUUGUUUGAUGCUAUCAAAAUGGAGUAAUGUUAUGAUCCAAACAAUAAAAAAAAUGGAUUUAAGCAUCUUGUGUUUA